AAAAAAGCAGAAAACCAAAGAACUGUGCAACGCCCAUGUCUUCAGUAUCCGAAGCCUGAGAAAGUGCGCAAAGCUCGCAGGAAGCACAUUGCUGCUGAGUGAGCAGCGUUGGCCUGGCUCUCUGUGAGGUCUCGGUGGUGAGGAUGGCUAUGAUAAGACCUCUCCAUCUGAUGCUCCUGUGGACAUCAGUGUUCUUUUGUAUGGGAUUUAACAUAGACAUGGUAGGACCCAAGAUUUAUAAUGGAUCGGGAUCCCGUGAAGACUUCUUUGGAUACAAGGCGUUGCAGUACCAGUCUGGUGGAGAGAAAGGGAUUGUUGUCGGUGCACCACUUCAGAACAAUGGAACUGGUGGGGUCUUCAUCUGUAAUGAUGCAAGUCCACACUGCCAUCCCAUUCCACUACCGAGUGUAGCAGAGGCUGACUCUAAAGAUUUGAUCAAGGCAGUUGGAAUGUCAGUUGCUGUCAGAGCAAAACCAACUGUCCAGUUUACUGCCUGUAGUCCUUCAUGGAGUCAUGAGUGUGACGGGACUCCCUAUCUCAACAGCAUUUGUUAUCAGUGGAGCAGCAAAGGACAGGUCUCUAACAUCACCUCAGCUUUUCAAGCCUGCACAAAGCAAAAAGUGGAUCUAGUCUUCCUCUUUGAUGGAUCCGGGAGCAUGAGGGCAGAGGACUUCACAAAAAAUAAAGUGUUCAUCAAAUCCAUCAUCAAUACAAUGAAGAACUCAUCAAUUCAAUUUGCAGCAGUUCAGUUCUCUACAAUUUUCAAAACAGUUUUCACAUUUAAAGACUAUGUAAACAAGAAAGCCUUUAAAAAACUGGAUGAUGAACCACAUAUGAAAGGUUUGACUAACACGCAUAUGGCCAUGCGCUUCACUCUGCAGGAACUAUUUGACAACCCAAAGAGUGGUAGCAUUCCAGAUGCAUUAAAGGCUGUGGUCAUCAUCACUGAUGGCAAUCCUUCAGACCGUGAACAAAUGGCAACUAUGAAUGUGAAUGGCGUUAAAACAGGCAUUUUACAAAUCUAUGAAGACCGACACAUCCUCCGAUUUGUCAUUGCGGUUGGAAAGGAAGUGCAGAUGACAAAACUUGAACAGUUAGCAUCAGAUCCCAAAACCAAUAAUUCCUUCUACAUUGAAGACUAUGCUGGGCUGAAUGGUCUUCUGAAAAACUUACAAACUAAGAUCUUCAACAUAGAAGGUUCUAAACAGGACCAGGUUCGAUCGUGGGAGAAAGAACUUUCACAGAGUGGAAUGAGUGCUGAGUUCACUGAGGACACAUUGAUUCUAGGAUCAGUAGGAUCCAACAACUGGAAAGGAUCUCUUUAUCAGAUUAAGGAUUUACCUGAGAUUGAAAUUCAAGACCCAAACAUGGCAAAUUACUCUUACAUGGGCUACUCUGUUUCUGUUGGAAAGAAGAAUGGCAUUCCGUUGUACUGUACGGGUGCUCCCAGAUACAAACACAGGGGACAGGUCGUUGUCUUCAGCAAAACUGGAGAUAAAUGGAAUGUCGCACAAAGAGUUGACAGUGAGCAGCUUGGAUCUUAUUUUGGAGCAGAGCUGUGUGCAUUUGACAUUGACUCUGAUGGCACCACUGACUUCCUCAUGGUGGGGGCUCCCCUCUAUUAUGAGCCUCAGAGAGAGGGCCGCAUGUAUGUGUACGCCCUUACGGAAAAGAACAAUCUGGAGAAGAUGCAGAACAUUUCGGAGUCGUCUCAGGGCAGGUUUGCCUCCUCCAUUGCCUCUCUCAGGGACCUCAAUGGUGAUGGGCUCCAAGACCUGGCAGUGGGAGCUCCACUGGAGGACCACCAGAGAGGAGCCGUCUACAUCUACCUCGGAGACAAAACUACGGGAAUUCGCCAAAAGUAUAGUCAGCGCAUCAGAGCGAAGAUGCUGUCAGAGGGUUUGCAGCAGUUUGGGGUGGCCAUUGAUGGGAAGUCUGACACGGAUGGAUUGACGGAAAUUGCAGUGGGUGCUCGUGGACAGGUGGUUCUGCUAAAGUCCAAGCCCGUCUUUAGUGUGUCGCCGCACCUCUCAUUCAGCCCCUCAGAGAUCAACAUCCAGCAGUUUGACUGCGUCGAGCACAAGGAGGCUUUCCCUGUGUUCAACGUGACCAUCUGCUUCAAGAUGAGAGAGCAAACCAGAAGCACAAAAGAUGCACUGAGCACAGGGAUUCAGUUGGACUAUGACCUGGUUGUUGAUUCCCAAAGACCAAACAGCCGAGGUUUCCUUGCACACAAUGACACUUUGAGAAGCGUUCGGUCAAGGCUUCAUCUAAACAAGACAGAAACUUGCCGAAAACACACCAUCUAUAUGCCAAGCUGUGUAAUGGACACACUGUCUCCUGUCGAGCUCAAAGUGAAUUUCUCCCAAGCUGAGAGCCAGCAGUCUUUUGGGAUUUUAAAUGCUGACAUCAACAAAAUGACCAUGAUGGAGGUGCCCUUUGAAAGAUCAUGUGGACAGAAUGACACAUGUGUGGCAAAGCUAAGAAUGGACUUCAACUUCACCUCCCCAAAACUGGUGUUGUUUACUGAUCAGCAGUAUUUACAUGUGAUAGUGGAGCUGGAAAAUGAGGGUGAUGAUUCUUAUAACACCAGCCUCCGUUUCCAGUAUCCAGAAGGCCUGUUUCACGCAAAGUUAACUGCCAUCAAGCAAAACAAGAGAGCUCUGACUCGUUGUGCAGGAGACCCAGACAAAACCGACCUCACCAUCUGUGGUGUGAGUCUUCCUGUCUUCCGCAGUGACAGCUGGGCCAUAUUCAAUGAGUCCUUGUACAUCACUCCCAGUCUAGAUUGGAAUGAUUUCUUUGAGAUUAAUAUCACUGCACACAGUGACAAUGGGGAGGAUCAUUCUGUAACAAAGGCCCUUCCUGUACUUUUUGCUGUCAACCUGAAUGUGAAGUUCUUGGACAACCCUGGGGCCUCAACAAUAUACCUCGAUUACUCAUUAGAGGACAGAGGACCCAAAAGACUUAAACAUAUUUAUCAGGUAGCCAACAUGGGAAGGGUGCCUCUGCCGGUCACAGUACAUUUGACCUUUCCAACAAAACCUGACAACAACUUUGAAAUCCGUAAUUACAGCAUUUCAUACGACCGUCUGAAACAAGAGGUCAAUGACACAAUCCAGUGCGGUGCCCCUGAGGACACAAGUACUCCGAACUGUACAGACUGCAAGAUGGUGGAGUGUUUCAUUCCCACAUUAAAGAUCUCUGACAAGGUCCUGUUCACACUGACUGUGGACGCCGUCUUCAACCUCAGUCCAAAUGAAUAUACAUUCUAUGAGAAGAGACAUAAGAAGGAAUACAAAAGUUUUGCAGAGAUCAGCUAUAAUGAAACGCGUUACGAACAGACUGGAAGUGACCAAACUGUUACUGGAGCAGUUCAAGACUUCCACAAGGAUCAGGGCAUAAGCAAAAAUGAGUUCAUUGUUCCAAUCCACCAACCUAUGAUCAUAGGAUUAGCAAGUACCGGAGGACUGCUCCUGCUCAUUAUCAUUAUAGUAGCUCUAUACAAGUGUGGAUUUUUCAAGCGUAAACAAUUUGGCGAGGACGAUAUUUACUGUGCCAAGGAGCCGACUCCAGAAAACCCGGAGGAGGACGACAACCCACUUGAGGGCAAGCCCCUUGUGGCCGAGGCUCCCACAGGAAACGGCUCCUCUGCGGUGACUGAGUCCCCCGCCGGUCUCGACUCGGAGGAGACACAGAAAGCAGAUGCUGAGUGUGACGUGUGAAGUAGUCAUCUCCUGUUUCUCAAGAAUUUGAGUUAAAAACUCAAGUACUGCCUGCAUUUUGCCUCCACUUCAAAGGAAAUCGCACUCUAUGACUGUAACAUCUAAAUAUGUAUAAUCCAGCCUGCCAUACAGUAAAUGCGGAGAGUAGUAGUGGUCCUCAUAUAGCGUAAUAAUUUUAACUUCAUUGCAUGAUUUGAGCUCAUCGGUUGAGCCUGCAAUGUGGAUGUGUCCUCCAUUACCGUGCGUCACAACAUUCAUCACCAUUUAUAUUUGAUACGUUUGGGAUGUCCAAAAAUAUUCCUGCUGUCUUUUUGGACAUAAAAAUCACUCCACCCAGGGGUCAUCUGCUGGGUUGUGAAAUAACAGAAGAUCUGAAGACUAAAGAGACAAGAGAGUGAUUCAUUCAUAUAUAUAUAUAUAUAUAUAAGUGAUCGUCUCGGUUCAAUUGAACAACACUGGACCCACAUAAAGAAAGUGAAUUUCAUUAGGUCACCCAGAUGUUCUAUAGAAAGGGUUGACCCAUAUCAGAAGAAGGGAGAAGUCACCACACUCAAGCCAUUACCACCAAAAAAUCUCCAGAGUCCAGCUAUUCUGUAAAAGUCUAUCAUCUUUAGAGCUAUAAAACCGGACUCCAUUGGUAAUAGAAAGGCUGAUUAUUAAAAAAUAUCCACAUAAACGCAUUUAUGGAUGUUUCUUAAGUAUACCUGGAUAAUUGUUUUAUGUGUAUAAUUUUAAACAUGUUAUACUUGAAUGUAUUUUGUACAGUUUCAAUGAUAAUUUAGUGAUAUUGUUAUGUUUGCAGAUGCCUUUUUGAAGAUUAAAUAUCAUUGUCCAAAAGUGAUUACUUUUCUUUGUGUGGGUUGCAGUGGCUCACCCAAUGCAACCACAUCCAUGAAUUAAAAGCUUUUUAUACAGUA